AUGACAAACAUCACGAAACUCAAGUUUGCUGCACUUGAUAUAUCUGACAAAAAUUAUCUAUUAUGGGUAUCAAUGCUGAUAUCCAUCUUGUCUCAAAAGAAUAAUGAAUUGCUAAUGAAAAAUCACAGGUUACGUCCAACUGGUUCUGUACCAUUGUUUGAAGAAAAUGGUACUGCAUUGCCUGAAACAAAUGCAAUAUCAAGACAUGGAUGUGGACAUUGGUUUGGAUAUGGACGCAGAUAUGCACGCGGAGUAAACCAUGGACGAAAUAAUCAACAAAGUUAUCAACAACAAGUAUCAUCUCAGCUGGGUGGUGGUUAUCUCUUUGGCUUGCCCGUGGGUUUUGUUGCUGAUUCUAUUGGUGCUACAAUUGGUUCUGGAGCUGCAUUUCUUCUGGGUAGAACUAUUGGGAGGUCAUUUGUAAUUUCCAAGUUGAAAGACUAUCCACAGUUCAAUGCAGUAGCAAUUGCUAUUCGGAAAUCUGGGUUCAAGAUUGUGUUGCUGCUUCGGCUUGUCCCUUUACUUCCAUUUAACGUGUUGAACUACCUCUUAUCCGUGACUCCGGUCUCCAUUGGACAUUACAUGCUAGCUUCAUGGUUGGGCAUGAUGCCAAUUACUUUUGCCCUGGUGUAUGUUGGGACAACUCUAAAGGAUCUUUCUGACGUAACACAUGGAUGGGGUGAAUUUUCAAAAACCCGUUGGGCACUGAUAGUGUUGGGCCUUGUGGUUUCUGUGGUGUUAAUAAUUUGUGUUACUAGAGUUGCGAAAGCUGCUUUAAAGAAAGCAUUGGCUGAAAACGAGGAUGUAGAC